AAAAUUUAGCGUCACAUCACAUAACCAAAUGGACGAAAAGUCGAAAAAUAUCUUUGAAUCGGCGCUGAUUCAAUGAAUUUGUUAGGCUCUAACAUCCCUACUCACCUUCGGCUUGCAUCAAGGAACGAGGGUAAAAUCAAGUCUUAUGAGUCUUGCAGCGACGUGAGGGCAUGGAGUCACGACGAGAGGGUGCGUGACCGCUACCUGAAGGAAUGGAUAAAGCGCGAUAUGCCCAUUUGUGUUUUGCCUGUUUGCACGUUAGCUAGAUUUUUGAGGACAAUGACGUGCCGGAGUCGUGCGAGGACUACUCCCAGAUGCCAUCCAGACUGUAAGUCCAAAGUGUUGCUUGAAAGUAUUUGUACUUCUUGCCAUGCGAUAAAAGAAUGCCUCAAGGAUGACCCAAAUUUCGAUAAAUAUUUUGCUGAAGAAGAUUUUGAAACCAGUCAUUGGCCUUGUGACAAGUGCCUCGAUGUUUUGAGAAGUAUUAAAAUGUUUUGGAAAAUAAUAGUCGAAAGAAUUUUCGGUAUCAACCUUUCAAAGACUGAAGAAUUUGAGAAUGUUCAAGACAGUCGCACUGCCAGUGUGAAAUCAGUUGCCAAACUUUGGGAAAAGGAAUUGGUCCAACAAGCACUUUUUGUCAAAAAUGUAACUCCUUUGUUGAGCAGAGGAUCCAGUUUAAAUAAAUCAGAAUGCCCUUGGAAGUCGACUUGUCCAAGGAAAGAAACAACAACACGCAUCCCAAGGCCUUGCAACAAAUUAGAUAUAAAAGAGCCAACGGUUUCUCUAAAGGUGAAUAAAGUUAAAAGCCCCACAAGUUCUUUGUUAUCUCAAAGAACCAGAACAACAGAUCACCAUGGGAGAUCCAACAUCAGUAUGAAUCGAAAUGCUGAUAAGAUUAUUCGUAAAAUUCAUAAAUGCACGUCUAUCCGAGUAAGGAUGGUGGACGAGGCGUGCGAAACAUGCAACAUAGAGUCCGAAGACCUCAAAACGUUUAAAAAUAAUAUCGAAUUAUUACAACAAAGGUGCAACUGUCAAGAGUCAGAAAUAGACAAAUUGAAAAGAGAGAACAAUUCUCUCAAAAUAGAGUUGCAGAACUUUUACAAGACUUGUUCGUGGAAGACUGUGGUGCAGUCUCCUAUUCCCGAAUCGCCUAACUUUGAUAAAUCAGCAUUAGUUCCAAAACCUUAUGAAUGCUGUAUCGAGGACAACAGAAGAGGGAGCUCCGUAAAAAAUACGGACUCUGAAAUGAUUAUUACUAUGAAAAAUUGCAGGAAUGAGAGUUUUAGGCAUGUAUCUCUACUACAAGUACUUCACAAAACAAAUGAACCAACUCUAAGUGACGAACAAUUGGACGCUCCAUGCAGUAAAAAAGAAAACCCAAUCGAUCUUCUCACUAAAGUCCAAAAUACUUUUGGGGAAAUUGUGAGACGAGAAAUCAUGAUUGUGAAGAGCAAAAAGCAAAGCACCAGGCAGUCCGAUAUCGACGCUAGUUUCAUGAGGCUACACAACAGCAGAUCAGCUCCAUCUUGCUCUACGAUAUGCUCAGAGUCCGGUAGUUCUGAGUCGAAUUUUGUAAGUUAAUACUGGAGCUUAGUUAUUGAAAAGAAC